CAACAAGCAACUCAAGUCUUCACAUGCUUUGUUACUAGCUUUUCUUGAAAGAAGUAAGAGCAAAUCCUCUUUGAUCUCUUCUUUAAAAAGAAGUCAACACAAAACCAUGGGAGUUCGUUUCCUCAGUGUUACUCGUGCUAAGAAAAUUCUAAACCGAUCUGCUUUGACGGCACCUAGAAUGGUUUCAACAUCCUCGGAUGUACCAAGGGGCUUCUUUGCAGUUUAUGUUGGAGAGAACCAGAAGCGGCGAUUUGUGAUUCCUGUGUCCUAUUUGAACCAGCUUUUAUUUCAAGAUUUGCUGAGGAAAGCUGAAGAUGAGUUUGGGUUUAAUCAUCCGACUGGUGGUCUGACGAUUCCAUGCAGAGUAGACACUUUCAUUGAUGUCACUUCUCGCUUGGGUAGUUCAUAAAAGAAUGCAAUUAAACAACCACUCAAGACAAUUUUGUACAUAUAGCAUUUUGAUACAUUGUAAAUAUCACUUUUUUCCAUAGCUUGUUUGGCAGAAAAAUGAGAGAAAAAUCCUCUUCCAUUAAGAGACUUUU